AACGUCUGAUUGCAGCCGGCCCUAACGAAGACCUCGGCGUUUUGACAUGCAUGGGUGACGCAGGUGACUGAUUAGCAUCUUCACUUCGACCCCGAACGACCAUAAGCACUUAGUCCUAGUGAAGAGCCUCCCGUCUGCAUGGAUGAAUCUCAGAUCAUCUGACGAUUUGACGAUCCAGUUUCAAUCGGCCAACUGGAAGUCUUGGUCGGAGCGCUGAAAGCAAAGUCCACAUUACAACAUUCAACGCAUCCAGAUCAUCUCAACUUGUCAAUUCGAAUCCAGCUACUCCUUCAGAUGGGAAGUGCAAUUAUAUUUAUGUAGAACACGGCGAUAGCUUUUGGUUUCAUAUAUUCAUCCUCGACGAAUCAAACAAGAUGGCAACCCCGGCCGGUCCGCUGGUCCGACUCUGGGGAAUCCCUACGUCGCAACUCCCGUCCUCCACCGCGACUGCGGACGAGCUGGCCCCCUUCCUCACAGCUAUCCUCCAGGAGGCGGUUCCUUUUAUUGAUAGUGCGGCACCCAAGUCUUCGCCCGCAGAAGCACAGCGAUCUAAGGUCUGGAAGCCCAAGGGCGUCAAGUCGAGCUCGGACUCGACGGCCAAGGUCGAGGUCUCGGAGCGUACCGUUCCCGCCGCGGAACUGGAAGCCGUCGCCACGCCGACGACAAAGGGCAAGGGGAAGUUAGCCCCCGAAAUGUGGGCGUGCCGGCGGUCGGUGCACCAGGAUGCCGCCGAGCGCGGGACGGCUUCGUGGGCCGAGUUCGAGCACAGCUUUCGGUUUGAGCACGCCAAGUCCGAGGACGCGUUUACGCCGAAUGUGCUGGCAACGCAUGAGGCCUUGGUGUGGGACUGCGGCGGUGUUUCCCCCUUUGAUCUCGGGGGUGAGACGUGGGGAGAGUUCUCGUUGAAAGUCGAGGAGAUGCGGCAUAAGGUCGGCAGGCCGGUGCUCAAGGAUCGGACAUUCCCGGUGUUGCAGAUGGUGGCGACUACUCAAGGGAAGCAAGAGUUCGUCGUGGUUAGCAUUCCCGUGCCUGACUUUGGGACGGAGUCGGAGGCCAGCCGGCUAGCGAGGGAGAAAGGGGCUCAGGUCGCUAGGUAUGUUAGUGUGGAACUCAUACGGAAGAUGGCGGACGGGAAGAUUGAGUGGCUUAUGGCUACGGCGAGUGAUGCUGGUGGGGUGUUGCCUAUGUGGGUGCAGAACAAAGCAAUGCCUGGGGUGGUUUGGAAGGAUGUACCGCUGUUCUUGAGGUGGAUUGCGAAGGAAAGAGGGGAUGGGGGUACUAGAAAGGAGUCUGGGGCUUCGAAGGGUAGUAUAGUGCCGGAGGUUUCGACGGGAACGGCUAGGGAUGCUGGGAAUGGCGCUACGGCUGGUGCUUCUCAGACGGCCACGGCACCCGAGGGUUCAGGUCGCGAUGUUGAUUAUUGGCAUGGAGGGCAUGCCGAGGCUGUCCUAGGCGAUGGGGCGAAGCAGAAUGGUGCAACCACAACUGCUGACCAGUAAUAAUGGACGCAAUAUGUUGAUUGUAUGCUGUGAAGGGAAGGUUGAAUUCUGGGAGGAACAGGGGCUAUAGGAAUGCCACUUUCUUUACCUAAGCAGGCGGCAGAGUCGGAGCCUCUUGGUCGAGCUCAUGGGCACAUUGAGUUGCCACUUGAAGGUUGCCAUUGUAUAGUUUUCUGGGCAGUGAUGCUCAAGGGUUAUCAUGGCUAUUAGUGUCCGUCUCGGCUGGGAAGAUACAUAUAUAUGACUCCGGAGAAAAGGAGUUGUAGUGCUAAUAGAACACGUUAACAUUGUGGGAUGACAGAUGACUACAGCCCCAGACCCUCAACAGAGUCUGACUCAUUAAAGCUCGUGAUGUUGCAACUAGGAGUUCUGGAUGUCUUUUACUCAUCUUGUGCUACCACCUUGUGGCGGGCUAGACAAAAAAGAGUCUUUUCAUUGUAUGCGUCGAGCCACACCUGGGAGAACAAACUCGCU